CAAUGCAACAGCACGGCCCCGCGCCGCUCCCGCGCCGGCAAUUAUCCUCCGCCGGCUGCAUCGCUCCUCGUUAAUGCCUUGCCGCUCGGAGAGCAAAUUGGACAUCCUCCUGCCACCUCCCAGGGUCACUUAGCGAGAGGCGGGUUGAGGUGGGGGAGAGCCGCUGGGAUUCGGUUGGAUUGGGAGCGGAGAGAGGGGGGCACCCUCCGGAGCUGGAUCUCAGAGGGAGGCGAUUUAAGCGAACGCUUAAAGACGCGGGGCAGGGGAUGGCGCGGUUUUCCACGGCAGGUUUCCUUCGGAGACGCGGCGCGGUGGGUGCGUGGCAUCGCUGAAAGGCUCCCACAAAAGCCCCGUGGUGUGACCCGUGUGCCAGGGCGGUGGGCUGCGCCGGGAGAGCCCGGGAUGCUUUAUGGCACUGCGGUGCUCCGGCUGGUCCCGGGAGCAGCCCACCAGCCCAACGGCAACGGGCACCGCUAGGACAGCACAGAGACCUGCUGGAUAUUUUCCUCCCGCACCGUCGGUGGGAGCAGGAAGAUUUGCCUUCACUGUAAGUGCUCCCAGGAAGAGCACAUCGUAACAGUUAUGCCUCUGGAGAUGGAGAAGACCGUCACCAAGCUCAUGUUUGACUUCCAGAGGAAUUCGACAUCUGACGACGACUCGGGCUGUGCCCUGGAAGAGUACGCGUGGGUCCCCCCCGGCCUGAAGCCCGAGCAGGUGCACCAGUACUACAGCUGCCUGCCCGAGGACAAGGUCCCCUACGUCAACAGCCCGGGAGAAAAAUCUCGCAUAAAGCAGCUUUUGCACCAGCUGCCGCCGCACGACAAUGAGGUCCGCUAUUGCAAUUCGUUGGAUGAGGAGGAAAAGAGGGAGCUCAAACUCUUCAGCAACCAAAGGAAGAGGGAAAAUUUAGGGAGAGGCAAUGUCCGGCCGUUCCCUGUAACCAUGACGGGAGCCAUCUGUGAGCAGUGCGGCGGCCAGAUCAACGGAGGGGACAUGGCCGUCUUUGCCUCGCGAGCGGGGCAUGGCAUUUGCUGGCACCCUCCCUGCUUCAUCUGCAGCGUCUGCAACGAGCUGCUGGUCGACCUGAUCUACUUCUACCAAGAUGGGAAGAUCUACUGCGGCAGGCACCAUGCUGAGUGCCUCAAGCCCCGCUGCGCCGCCUGCGACGAGAUAAUUUUUGCCGACGAAUGCACCGAGGCUGAAGGGCGGCACUGGCACAUGAAGCACUUCUGCUGCUUUGAAUGCGAGACGGUGCUGGGAGGGCAGAGGUACAUCAUGAAGGAUGGCAGGCCCUACUGCUGCAGCUGCUUCGAAUCCCUCUACGCCGAGUACUGUGACACCUGCGCCCAGCACAUCGGUAUCGACCAGGGCCAGAUGACGUACGACGGCCAGCACUGGCACGCCACCGAGACCUGCUUCUGCUGCGCGCAGUGCAAGAAGUCCCUGCUGGGACGGCCCUUCCUGCCCAAGCAAGGGCAGAUCUUCUGCUCCAGGGCCUGCAGCGUCGGCGACGACCCCAAUGGCUCCGACUCCUCCGACUCGGCCUUCCAGAGCGCGCGGGCCAAGGAGUCCCGCCGCAGCGCCAAGAUUGGCAAGAACAAGGCGAAAAGCGAGGAGGGGGCGCGCAGCCCAUGCAACCAGCUGCAGGUCACCUCCAACCGCCUCUCCACUGACGUGGACCCGCUGUCCCUGCAGAUGGAUUUGCUGAGCCUGGCCAGCCAGACGCCGAGCCUCAACAGGGAGCACUUGUGGAGGAGCCGGGAUGAGCUCUAUCACUACGGGGGCAAAAUGGAGCAAAGUCAGUCCCAAAGCCCUUUGCAGCUUCUCAGCCAGUGCAACAUAAGGACCUCCUAUAACCCCAGCCAGGUCCCGGGCUCGCAGCCAGAUUUAUGGGCAAAACAUUUCAGCAACCCAAAGAGGAGCUCCUCGCUGGCCAUGAAGGGCCACGGUGGCAGCUUCAUCCAGGACUGCAGAGAGGACUAUUACUCGGGGAGGCUUCGCUCGCAGGAGAGCUACAGCGACAUGUCCAACCAGAGCUUCCCCGAGACCAGGGGGAGUCUCAAAGUCCCCAAGUACGAAGAGGAGGAGGAUGGCGGGAUGCCGACGCCGCAGUGCCGCACCCGGCACCCCAUCAACGCCCUCAAGUUCACAGAGGACCUGACGCCCACCGAGCAGACUCCCCGCGGCUCCAUGGAGUCCCUCGCGCUCUCCAACGCAACAGGCCUCUCGGCAGACGGUGGAGCCAAGCGCCAGGAGCAUCUCUCCAGGUUCUCCAUGCCUGACCUGAGCAAAGACUCGGGCAUGAACGUCUCAGAGAAGAUGAGCAACAUGGGGACGCUGAACUCCUCCGUGCAAUUCCGAAGCGCCGAGUCGGUGCGCAGCCUGCUGUCGGUGCAGCAGUACCAGGACAUGGAGCCCAACCUGCACGACCUGGCCAGCCCCCUCGGGUACCGAGAGCGGCCGUCGCACGGGCGGAUGCACCAGAGCUUCGACUAUGGUAGCGGGGUGGCUGGGGGCAAGCUGGGGGUGCAGGAGGGCCCAAGACAUGCCCCCAUGAGCGAGCGCACGCGCCGGCGAACUAACCUCCGGGAUGACGACCGGCAUUACCGCCCACACCGGCCCCGGCGGUCUCGACGUUCCCGGUCGGAUAACGCCCUGCACCUGGCCAGCGAGCAGUGCUGCCGGCUGAAGGAGAGACCCUCGCUGCGAGCCAGGGAAGACUACGACCAGUUCAUGCACCAGAGGAGCUGCAGAGAGACGGUGGAGCAGGGUCCCCGCAGGGACAUCUAUGGCCACUGUCCCCGGACGGUGUCGGAUCUCGCCUUGCAGAACCACUUGGGCGAGAGAUGGGGGCCCUACUUCGCCGAAUACGACUGGUGUUCGACCUGCUCCUCUUCUUCGGAGUCCGACAAUGAGGGCUAUUUCCUCGGGGAGCCGAUUCCCCAGCCCGCCCGCCUCCGGUACGUGACCAGCGAGGAGCUCCUGCACAAGUACGGCUCGUACAGCAUGCCCAAGUCCUCCACGCUGGGUGGCAGGGGACAGUUGCACAGCCGGAAAAGACAGAAGAGCAAAAACUGUAUCAUAUCCUAAUGGCAUCCUUGCCGGGCACCUUGGGAGAGAAUGUAAAUUAACUCACAAACUUGCACUGUUUUAGAUCCUGUAAGCGCUUUUAUUGUAACAAAAAAAGACCCGAAGAGUAGGGAUUUGUAAGAAGGUUGUAGACUGGCUUCUAUAAAUAGUCAUAAUCCUGGGCACGGUGAAUAUAUUUUGCACAUCUUACUUUGGAGAAAAGAAAACAAAAAAGUUCACUUUAGCCUGUAAUAUUUACCCAGUAGUUUUAACUCUUUCUCCCAAAUACUGCCAACCUUUAGAGUUCUGUUUGUCCGUACGUUGUGGUUACCACCGUUGACUCUCAGCAUCAGUUUGCCGGUAGCUUUUGCUUUCCACCACGUUUUUUGUUUUCCACGAGCCAUGUUGGUUGGUCAUUUGUCUCUCUCGGACAGUGUGGGAGCCUAAGUUAUUUCCGUGAUCGUUGUAAAUGCAAUGUAAAUGAGAGUUUGGAGAAAAUAUUUUUGUAUUUUGUAAUAUCAGAGGAAUUUCUAUAUCUUAGGAGUCACUGGGAAAAUGCAUGCACAUUCGGAAUUGUUUUCAGCCAGAGCUAAUCAAACAGUACUUUGGACACACACCCCCCCUUUUCCAUUUCAUCAUCAAAUUUCUUAAGCAUAUCAGUGAGAGUUUGAGUUGUCAUUUGUUUGGAGGGUUGGUUGUUGUUUUUUUUUUUAAACCCUGUUUUCUGUUUGUUUGUUUCAUUCCUGGUAAAUAAAGAGAACAUUUUCCAAUUCAUUAAAUCUCGAAGAGGCCUCGGUAGCAUUUUGAAGUCUGCUCGUGCCUGUGGUUUUCAGGUACGCUCCAUCAGUCAGACACAAGAAUCCUGACAGCUGCGAAAGGGACCUUUUUUUUUUUUUUUUUUUUAAUUAUUAUUAAAUAGGAAAGAACAGAACUACCGUAUGUCUGCAACGUUGUAAAUGACCAAAGCCAGAGAAGGAAUUUCACACCUCUGUAGAGAACGCUGAAGUUACUAAACGUUGAACUAUUAUUUGGAGUAAAUAAAAGUGUAAAUGGUGCAAUUGUGUGAUGUCAGCAUGACGUUGUUUUGAAUAUAGACUUGUCUUAUGGUGCUCUAGUCUCCUGGGUUAUGUUAACUGCUGUUCAUUACCAAGUGGAAGUCUCAAUAUUGCCUACUGCCUAACCAUGUACGAGAACGACUGCGACCUGCUCCCGGCGGGCCCGAGCCUGCCCUUGGCCGGUGGCCCAGGGGGGGCUGGUGGCCCAGGUGGGCUCAGCCCCUGCCCGCGGAGCUGGGACAGCCCCCCCUGCAGCAGAGGGGUCUAUAAAUAGGGCUCAGCUGUAUUGUAUUAUGGUGGAUGUGAGUUUGUUCUCUGUAUGCAUUAAACCAUUGGGGUUCUGCCGUCGCCCGCGCAUCCCGGCGGAUGCACCGGAGGGUUGCAAAACCGAUGGCGGCUUCUCCCGCUGCUUCCCGGGAAGGAGCAGGUUUGCAAACGGGGCUCUCGGCACCCAAAGGUGCAGGUUGGCGCCUGAGGGUCUUGAGAUAAACCUGGGCUUUGAGCCGCGAGGAGGGCUGAGAGGUUUAACGGGCUGCAUCGCCCCUCGCCCCACACGCUGCCCCUGCGGGAGGGGGGGUCGGCGGGGGCGCCCCGAUGCCUACUGAAAGCAGCAGACGCAGAAAAAAAAAAAUAAUAAAAAAAAAAAAUCUUGAAGAUGGAUGUCUCCAUACCACAGACUAUUGCUAGGAAAUUUUUUUGUUGUUUGUAAAGGACAAUGUGAUAAUUAUUAUGCCUUUAA